AUGCAGUGUUCUAUACUUUUUAAUGUUUCAGCCACACAAAAUAUAACUGGAGUGGUGCGUCGAGCUCGUGACUUGCUUCGAUCAAAUGCUGCAUCUGUCUCCUCAAAUGUAUCAUCUCAGAUUCCAAAGCGUCGUCUUGUUAGCCAUUCAUAUGCGAAGGAGCCGAGGAAAAAAAUUCCCGAGCCAAAAAUGUUUGAACUUAUAUGCCUAAAUCAUGUUUCUCAAACAACCGAGGAAGAAUCUUUGGAAUCUGAUGGUAUCAUUCCUGACUACUCAAUAACAAACGAUGAUAUUCUUUUUUGUGGAACUGUAGAUGUCAUGACAGAUGACAAUGAACAGAUGAUGAGAGAAAAGAUAUGUAAAGUUAUUAGUGUUCGGCUUCCAAAUGUUACUGAGUUUGACUUUGAAUUUGUGAAAGUGUCUCGGAAAAUUGUUUCAACACCAGUUUGCAGCACUGAUCAGUGUUGGGACUAUGCUCAAGUGAAAGUGAUAGCUGGUCAAGGGAAACUUUAUGUACAUUUGAACCAGUCAAUUGAUUUGCUACGAGAUACCAGUAUUGGAAAGGAUGAUUCUGCAAAUUCAUCCAAUUCCGGUCAUAGUAACAUAGAUCAACUUUGCCUGAUGUUUCCAAGAAAACCCAGGUCAGAAAUUGAAGAAGCAUUAUCAAGUAAUCAUGAUGAUAUCCACAGUGCAAUAGCAGAUCUUCUGAAUGAUAAUGUUGAACUUAUUGAAACAGUGCACACUACAACUGAAAGUGAAG